AUGGGACUUGAAUUACAAGCUGAAAGAAUGCUACGUUCAUCAAGACAAAAGUUUACUCCAGCCAAACCCGGUGAUACUGUUCGUAUCCGAGUCCCUGAUGUUGACCGAGGACGUAUGGAUCCACAGAACAUAUUGGCAGUUGUCGUAGCUGUCGAUAAUGAAUUUUACACACUAGGCACAAAAGAAGGAGUAAUAAAUCAAUUAUACACCCGUAAUCAAUUUGCUGUAUGUAAAGAACAACUAUUGUCUCCUGAAGAAGUUGCUACAGACCAAUCCGUGUCCUUAAGGAAAGCUUCCACUUCAAUUUCUAAAACAGGUGGACAGGGGUACAUGAAAUGCAAUUGUAAGGCAAAGUGUGUAUCGAAGAAGUGUAGUUAUAGAUCCUCAGGCAUUUUAUGUAACUCAAAAUGUCAUAACAGUUUAUCUUGUUGCAACAAAUAA